AUGCACUAUGUUGAUCCAUGCUGUUUUGAUAGGCGUUGCACUCAUGACCAGACAGACUGGUUGGAAAGGGGUGCCAAACAUUGCGCUCAGGACAUGAUCGUCUUGACCUUUCUUUUCGCGGGUCAAGACUCAACGGCCGCCGCCAUGGCCUCGUGUCUGUGCUUCCUGACGGCAUCUCCCAGGUGCAAAGCGAAAUUGUUGCAGGAGAUUGAUGAUGUCGUUGGAACUGGGCAGCUCAAAUGGGAACACCUCAGCCAGAUGCCAUACUUGGAUUGGUGCAUCAAGGAGACCAUGCGCUUGGUGCCCCCAGCUGUAGGCUUUGCGCGACAGGCCCGUGGAGAUCAAUUGCUGGGAGGAAAGUGGCGAAUCCCCGACGGCACGCCGGUGAUCGUGAACGCUAUGGGUAUGCACUACAGCAAGGCCUUGUGGGGAGACGACGCCUACGACUUCCGCCCUGAACGUUGGGAACAGGGUGCUCCUCACAGGUUUGCCUUCAUCCCCUUCGCAGUUGGCCCUCGCGCAUGCACGGGACGAGAAUUUACAGUGGUGGAGCAGAAGAUCACCAUGGUGAAACUCUUUCAGAAUUUUGAUUUCCGGCGGCCAGCGGAAGUGCAACCGGAAGCAGGUUACACCACCGUGAAAUGCGGCGAUGCCAAGUGGCUGGGCGAUGGUUUCAAGUCUCAGCUGAAAAAUCAGUGCAACAAAUUCAGGUUUGUGUACGUCUACUUCAUGCUGGGCGCCGCUGCUAUCGGCCCUGGCAAGGUGCUUCCCUUGCUGGUGGCCCUGAGUGGCUGCUGGGCGCAGCUGGCAGUUCCAGAAGACCUUGAGUGUGAGAGGGGCCCCCAUGCUGCUGUUUGGAAACAAGUGAAGCAACGCUUCCGAUCGCUGUUGGAAGAGACCCCGGGAGCGCUGUUCAAUCCGAUUCCCGAGGAGAAGUUGAAGACGGUGGUGGAUGAAACCAUUGCCGAUGUGAAGGCGGCUGGUGGCUUUGAGCGAACAUCCACCGAUGAAUGUGGCUAUGGAAAGCUCGCACUGCAGCUGCUGUCUGUGUGCCUGGUUUCAGACCCCAUGGCGGUGGCACAAACUGUGCAAAGCGCGGGUGAGUCCUUCGCUUCACCGGUGCUGACUUUGCUACUGGAUAUUCCAUGGGUGGCUACCGCCCUGUCUGGAUGGCCUUUGUUCGGAUUGCUGGCACAAGUGAGCUUGAGAAAGGCAGGCGUGCUCGAGGGCAUAGUGGACCUUGAGAGCAUUGAUGGCGUGAACAAAGGCAGCGUUUACUUCACCGCCAUGCGCAAAGCCAUGGUUGCCUCGGACCUCACCGCCAUGGCGGAUGCGACGGUGAAGUACCUAGACAACCCCGACGUUGCAGGGGAUGGUGGCGCCCUGGGCGCCCUCACAGCACUGGCCACCCAAGCAGCGGUGCAGAGCAACGUGCAGGAACGCCUCAACUUGAUCAACGGCUUACAGGAGGCUAUGAAGAAAGCCGUGCACAACUCUCAAGAUUUGGAUCUGAUGCUGGCGACCCGGUGGCCCCUUUGGAGUUUGAUCCACUUCACGGUAGAUGCCAUCAGCGUGGCCCCACCGCCAGUGAAAGCAUAG